AUAUACACUGUCGAGAAAUAUGUAGAACCUGAAUAAUAUUCUAAUGUUUCUUAACUUUCAUUUGCGCCUUGUUUUACCUUGUGAUUUCUUCUCUCACACAGUGGAUGGAGACGAUGUAUUUGAGGUACCCGUUUCAGAUUUCUUCUUAAAUCAACAGACCUGUUGCUUGUUUCUGUCAAAGUUGGCCUCGUUCUCUUCAUUUUCUACUACGAAAAUCUCUACAAGCCUUAGGAAAUCCUCAAUUGCGAUGGCGAUUGAUAAGGGGAAGAAGAAAUUCGAUUUUCGUAGCUUCGUCUCCAAACCAGAUGAAGCUGUCGAUUUCUUUCUCGAAGUUGUUUUGCUCAAGGAGGAGAACUCUUUAACAACUGAAUCUUGAGCUGGAAAGUGAUCUUGGACUGAAGAGGAGUAAGCAAUGUCUUCUUCUCAAUUGUUAAUUACAGUAAUAUUUGAAUUCAAAUUGUUUAAUCUAUUGAUAUGUAGUGAGACACUAUGAAUUUGUAUACUUGAUUCAUGAAGAUCACAAUGAAGAGGUGGAGAAUGUAAAUGUUAAAAAUAAUAAAUAAUUAAUAAUCUUGGAAAACAUUUAAUGUGAUGGUGAAGCUCAAUUGUUGAAGAUGAAGCGUGAAGGAAGAUGAAGCUCAAGAGAUGCAUUAUUUAGUGUCAUAAAUUGUAUUUAUUUUGAGUUCUAGAUUGUUCCAUCUUUUCCUUUAAAUUGAGAGUCUCUCAUUAGUUUUUCAUAUAUAAAAAUUAAGUGAGCUGUAGCUACUUAAGAAUUCUAUCAA